AUGGCAUCUUCAAGCUCCGGCAACUCUAUACCUGCUCCAGGGGCAGUUGAAGUUCUGGUUUCGUUAUUGGCAGAUGAGUCUCCAAUUGUUAGAGAAGCCUCCAUAGCUUCUCUCAAGGAUAUCACUUCACUAAACCCACUUUUGGUUCUUGAUUGUUGCUCCAAUGUCUCCCGAGGAGGCCGUCGACGUUUUGGGAAUAUGGCUGCUGUUUUUCAAGUGAUGUCAGGUGCAAUCAGAGGUUUAGACAAACGAGAAGUUGACCCCGAUUAUAUGGCCAAGAUUGCCAAGAUUGCCACUUCUGAGGUCAUCUCAUCGAAGGAACUUAAUGCAGACUGGCAAAGGGCUGCAGCAGGCGUACUUGUUGCAAUAGGCUCACAUUUGCCUGACCUGGCCUGUUGGCAAUACGAUGUGGAUUUCCCUCUGUUUUCACUUCUUGAUGGUGAUGUCAUAUCUUUCUUGAAUUCUGCCUUCGAGCUUUUAUUGAGAGUUUGGGCCACGUCACGGGAUCUUAAGGCCAUGUGCCUGACAUUCCACCUCUAG